AUUUUUCUCGAGGGAAAAAAAAAAGACAAGAAUUCCUUUCUUCUCUCAUUCCUCUUUCCUCAUUUUCUUUUCCUCCUCAACCCUCUUGGUGCUCUCCUCUUGCAUCCCACCCCGACACGAAUGCUCUUCGCUUCUCACCACCCUAAUUAACUUUUUCUGGCACUUCUUUCCACUUCGAUUCUCAGGAAGCCGCUCGUGUGAUCUCCUACCGUUGAUUCACGAAUUGAACGAAAGACCGUAUCCAUUCCCCCCCAAGGAUUUCGGGUUGUUUCCGCCAGCUUUCCUCUCUAUUCUCCGAUCUCGUCCUCGACUACCCUACUAUAUAUCGCAUGGGAAGCGUUUAAUACAUAAUAAUAAACUUCAACUGCAAUCAUGGGCGACGGUGCAACACCAAGCGGCGUCUCGCGAGCCGCUAAAUACAACCUCCCUUCACAUUUCAUUGGUGGCAACCACUUGGAUGCUGCUGCUCCGAGCAGCGUCAAGGACUUCGUUGCCCAGCAUGAGGGCCACUCCGUUAUUACUUCGGUCCUUAUCGCCAACAACGGUAUCGCGGCUGUCAAGGAGAUCCGAUCCGUCAGAAAAUGGGCCUACGAGACCUUUGGCAACGAGCGUGCCAUUCAAUUCACAGUGAUGGCAACGCCAGAAGAUCUGACGGCGAACGCCGACUACAUCCGCAUGGCUGAUCAAUAUGUUGAGGUCCCUGGUGGUACGAAUAACAACAACUACGCGAACGUUGAGUUGAUUGUGGAUGUGGCCGAGCGGAUGGAUGUUCAUGCCGUCUGGGCGGGUUGGGGUCACGCUUCUGAGAACCCCCGGUUACCGGAAUCGCUCGCCGCCUCUCCCAAGAAGAUCAUCUUCAUUGGACCUCCUGCAUCUGCAAUGCGCUCUCUUGGUGACAAGAUUUCCUCGACAAUUGUUGCUCAGCAUGCCGAAGUCCCCUGCAUCCCGUGGUCUGGAACCGGUGUAGAUGAGGUGGUCGUCGAUGAUGCGGGCAUUGUUACCGUGAAAGAUGAUGUUUACAGCCGUGGUUGCACAUUCUCACCGGAAGAGGGACUCACAAAAGCCAAGGAGAUUGGAUUCCCGGUCAUGGUUAAGGCCUCUGAGGGUGGAGGUGGAAAGGGUAUCCGUAAGGUCGAGAGGGAAGAGGAUUUCAUUAACCUGUACAAUGCUGCGGCCAAUGAAAUUCCUGGAUCACCGAUCUUCAUCAUGAAGCUCGCCGGUAACGCCCGUCACUUGGAAGUGCAGCUGCUGGCUGAUCAGUAUGGUAACAACAUUUCCUUGUUCGGCCGUGACUGUUCCGUACAACGGCGACACCAGAAGAUUAUUGAGGAGGCUCCAGCUACAAUUGCGAACCCUGACACUUUCCAGUCUAUGGAGCGCGCUGCCGUGAGCUUGGGUAAACUCGUGGGAUAUGUCUCGGCUGGUACAGUCGAGUACCUGUAUUCUCACGCUGAUGACAAGUUCUACUUCCUGGAACUCAACCCCCGUCUGCAGGUCGAGCAUCCCACCACUGAGAUGGUCACUGGUGUGAACUUGCCCGCUGCCCAGCUUCAGAUUGCCAUGGGUAUUCCUCUGCACCGAAUUCGCGAUAUUCGUCUGCUCUAUGGCGUCGACCCCAACACAUCGGCCGCUAUUGACUUUGACUUCUCCAAGGAAGGAAGUGCGGAGACCCAGCGUCGCCCUCAGCCCAAGGGACACACAACUGCUUGCCGUAUUACCUCCGAGGACCCCGGUGAGGGCUUCAAGCCCUCCAGCGGAACUAUGCACGAAUUGAACUUCCGUAGUUCGUCAAACGUCUGGGGUUAUUUCUCCGUCGGAACUUCGGGUGGUAUUCAUAGUUUCUCCGACAGUCAAUUCGGUCACAUUUUCGCGUACGGAGAGAACCGAUCUGCUUCGCGGAAACACAUGGUCAUUGCCCUUAAGGAAUUGAGCAUUCGUGGUGACUUCCGAACAACCAUUGAGUACCUAAUCAAGCUACUGGAGACGCCAGCCUUCGAGGAGAACAAGAUAACCACUGGUUGGUUGGAUCAGCUGAUUUCCAACAAGCUGACUGCUGAGCGCCCCGAUACCACUAUUGCUGUUCUGUGUGGUGCUGUCGCCAAGGCUCACCAGGCUAGCGAGUCGCGCCUCACGGAAUAUCGCCAGGGCAUCACGAAGGGUCAGGUCCCGCCUAAGGACGUUCUGAAGACUGUUUUCCCAGUGGACUUCAUCUAUGAGGGUAAGCGGUACAAGUUCACCGCUACGCGUGCAGGACUUGAUGGCUACCACCUCUUUAUCAAUGGAUCUAAGUGCUCUGUUGGUGUGCGUGCCUUGGCCGAUGGUGGGCUUCUUGUCCUUCUCAAUGGUCGUAGUCACAACGUCUACUGGAAGGAGGACGCUGCUGCUACCCGUCUCAGUGUGGAUGGCAAGACUUGUUUGCUGGAACAGGAGAACGACCCUACCCAACUUCGUAGUCCUUCUCCCGGAAAGCUAGUAAAGUUCACGGUCGAGAAUGGCGAGCAUGUCAGCGCCAACCAGCCUUAUGCCGAAGUUGAAGUCAUGAAGAUGUACAUGCCUUUGAUUGCGCAGGAGGAUGGUAUCGUUCAACUUAUCAAGCAGCCUGGUGCUACCCUGGAGGCUGGUGACAUCCUUGGUAUCCUUGCCCUUGAUGACCCCUCCCGUAUCAAGCAUGCUCAGCCAUUCACUGAGCAGCUUCCGCCGAUUGGACCGCCCCAGGUGGUUGGCAACAAGCCUGCCCAAAGGUUCCUCCUUUUGCACGGCAUCCUGGAGAACAUCUUGAGGGGUUUUGACAACCAGGUAAUUAUGAACACCACCCUUAAGGAUCUCAUCGGGGUUCUCCGUGAUCCCGAGCUUCCUUACAGUGAGUGGAACGCUCAGUCAUCUGCACUCCACUCCCGCAUGCCUUCCAAGUUGGACAAUCAGCUUCAACAGACUGUGGACCGUGCCCGGUCACGCAAGGCUGAGUUCCCCGCCAAGCAGCUUCAAAAGACCAUGGCCCGCUUCAUCGAGGAGAACGUCAACCCCGCCGAUGCAGAUAUCCUAAAGACUACCCUUUCUCCUCUCACGCAGGUCAUCCACGACUAUAUUGAGGGUUUGAAGGUGCACGAAUACAACGUGUUCGUCGGCCUCCUGGAGCAGUACGUUGCCGUGGAGAAGCUGUUCUCUGGACCCAAGUCCCGGUAUGAAGAUGGUAUCCUUGCUCUCCGUGAGGAGCACAAGGAUGAUGUCGAGCCUCUUCUGCAGAUUGCUCUUUCUCACAGCAGAAUUGGCGCUAAAAACGACCUCAUUCUUGCCAUCCUCUCGAUCUACCGCCCGAACCAACCCGAAAUGGGUAACGUCGGCCAGUACUUCAAGGGUGUCUUGAAGAGAUUGACAGAGAUUGAAUCCCGUGCUGCGGCCAAGGUCACCCUGAAGGCCCGUGAGGUUCUCAUCCAGUCCGCUCUGCCGUCUCUCGAGGAGCGUCUCUCCCAGAUGGAACUUAUUCUGCGUUCCUCUGUUGCGGAGUCUGCUUACGGGGAGUCCGGCCUCCGCCACCGGGAGCCCGAUUUUGCUGCUUUGAAGGAGGUUGUCGACUCCAAGUACACCGUCUUCGAUGUUCUGCCACGAUUCUUCGUUCACAAGGAUGCCUGGGUUACUCUGGCUGCGCUUGAAGUUUACGUUCGUCGCGCUUACCGUGCUUACACUAUCCAGAGCAUGGACUAUCACCACAAUGGUGAACCUGCAUUCAUGUCCUGGGACUUCACAAUGGGCAAGCUGGGCCAGCCUGAGUUCGGUCCUCUGACUUCGGGCACCCACCCGUCUACCCCCAGCACCCCGACAACGGAGUCGAACCCUUUCAGGCGGAUCAACUCUAUCAGCGACAUGUCCAACUUGUUGAAUGACAGCCCUAACGACACCCCACGGAAGGGUGUGAUCCUCCCUGUCGAAUACUUAGAGGAUGCUGAGGAAUACCUGGCCAAGGCCCUGGAAGUAUUCCCCAAGAAGAAGCAUGGCGACCACGGUCUUAUCGCUGCUCUGGAGGGCAAGCGCCGCCCUAGUGCUCGUGUUGAAACCGACUCAGCUGAACUCACAGGAGUCUUGAACGUUGCAAUCCGCGAUGUUGAGGACCUCGAAGAUACUCAAAUUGUUGCUCAGAUCAGCAAACUCAUCUCUCGCUUCAAGGAAGAGUUGCUCUCUCGUCGUGUUCGUCGUGUGACUUUCAUCUGUGGUAGGAACGGCGUCUACCCAAGCUACUACACCUUCCGAGGCCCCUCUUAUGAGGAAGAUGAGAGUAUCCGACACAGCGAGCCCGCCCUUGCGUUCCAACUUGAACUCAACCGUCUUUCCAAGUUCAAGAUCAAGCCCGUCUUCACUGAGAACCGGAACAUCCACGUCUACGAGGCGAUCGGCAAGGGUCCCGAAAAUGACAAGGCUCUGGAUAAGAGAUACUUUGUCCGUGCCGUUGUCCGUCCUGGUCGUCUUCGUGACGAUAUCCCCACCGCGGAGUAUCUCAUUUCCGAGGCUGAUCGCUUGAUGAACGACAUUCUCGAUGCUUUGGAGGUCAUUGGCAACAACAACUCUGAUCUGAACCAUAUCUUCAUUAACUUCUCCCCUGUCUUCAAUCUGCAGCCCCACGAUGUGGAAGAGGCAUUGGCUGGCUUCUUGGACCGCUUCGGUCUCCGACUCUGGCGUCUCCGUGUUACCGGUGCUGAGAUUCGCAUCCUGUGCACUGACCCAACUACCCAGACAGCCUACCCUCUGCGUGUUAUCAUCAGCAACACUGUAGGAUACAUCAUCCAGGUCGAGCUCUACAUUGAGAAGAAGUCUGAAAAGGGCGAGUGGCUCCUCCACAGCAUUGGUGGUACCAACAAGCUUGGCGCCAACCACUUGCGUCCCGUUGCGACGCCUUACCCUACCAAGGAGUGGCUGCAGCCGAAGCGCUACAAGGCUCACGUUAUGGGUACACAAUAUGUGUAUGAUUUCCCCGAGCUCUUCCGCGAAGCAUUCCAGAACUCGUGGGCCAAGGCUAUUGCAAAGACCCCAAGCCUGACCGAGCGUCGUCCUCCUGUUGGUGAGUGCAUGGAAUACAGCGAGCUUGUUCUCGAUGAUGCAGACAACCUGGUAGAGAUCUCCCGCGGCCCAGGUACCAACACUCAUGGUAUGGUCGGUUGGCUCGUCACUGCCCGUACCCCCGAGUACCCCGCUGGCCGACGCUUCAUCAUUGUUGCCAAUGACAUCACCUUCCAGAUUGGCUCAUUCGGUCCUUUGGAAGACAAGUUCUUCCACAAAUGUACUGAAUUGGCAAGGAAGCUCGGAAUUCCCCGGAUCUACCUCUCUGCCAACUCUGGUGCUCGUAUCGGUAUGGCCGAAGAGCUCAUCCCGUACUUCUCAGUCGCCUGGAACAACCCUGACAAGCCUGAGGCCGGUUUCAAAUACCUCUACCUCACACCCGAGGUUAAGGAGCAGUUUGAUGCUAGCCAGAAAAAGGACGUCGUUACGGAGCUGAUUCACGAUGACGGUGAGGAUCGCCACAAGAUCACCACCAUCAUUGGUGCGAAGGAUGGCCUGGGUGUUGAGUGUCUGAAGGGAUCUGGUCUCAUCGCUGGUGCCACCUCCCGGGCAUACGAAGACAUCUUUACCAUCACCCUUGUCACCUGCCGUUCCGUCGGUAUUGGUGCCUACCUCGUCCGCCUUGGACAGAGAGCUAUUCAAGUCGAGGGCCAGCCCAUCAUCCUCACUGGUGCACCUGCCAUCAACAAGCUGCUCGGCCGAGAGGUCUACACCUCUAACCUGCAGCUUGGUGGUACCCAGAUCAUGUACAGGAACGGUGUUUCUCACAUGACUGCUGCCAACGACUUCGACGGUGUCUCCAAGAUUGUGGAUUGGCUCUCCUUUGUCCCCGAGAAGAAGGGUGCUCUUCCUCCGAUCCGGUCAUUCUCCGAUACCUGGGAUCGCGAUGUGGCCUACUACCCUCCUCCCAAGCAGCCCUAUGAUGUCCGCUGGCUCAUCAACGGCAAGCAGGACGACGAGGGCUUCCUUCCCGGUAUCUUCGACACUGGCUCGUUCGAGGAAGCUCUUGGUGGCUGGGCUCGCACUGUCGUGGUCGGUCGUGCCAGACUCGGUGGUAUCCCCAUGGGUGUCAUUGCUGUUGAGACACGCCCUGUGGAGAAUGUUACUCCCGCUGACCCGGCUAACCCCGACUCGAUGGAGAUGAUUGCCCAGGAGGCUGGUGGUGUGUGGUAUCCCAACUCGUCCUUCAAGACUGCCCAGGCUCUUCGUGACUUCAACAAUGGUGAACAGCUUCCCGUGAUGAUUUUGGCCAACUGGAGAGGUUUCUCUGGUGGACAGCGCGACAUGUUCAACGAGGUUCUCAAGUACGGUUCCUACAUUGUCGAUGCUCUUGUCAAGUACGAGCAGCCUAUCUUCGUCUACAUUCCCCCCUUCGGUGAACUUCGUGGUGGUUCUUGGGUCGUUGUUGACCCCACCAUCAACCCCGAGCAGAUGGAAAUGUACGCCGACGAGGAGUCUCGUGGUGGUGUGUUGGAACCCGAGGGUAUUGUCAACAUCAAGUUCCGCCGCGAGAAGCAGCUGGAGACCAUGGCUCGCCUGGAUCCCACUUACGGAGAACUUCGCCGUGCGGCUCAAGACAAGAACAUCAGCAAGGAGAAGCUUUCCGAAAUCAAGGACAAGAUGGCUGCCCGCGAAGAGCAGCUCCUUCCUGUCUACAUGCAGGUUGCUCUGCAAUUCGCUGACCUGCACGACCGCGCCGGCCGAAUGAAGGCCAAGAACACUAUCCGCCAGUCCCUCACCCUGAAGGAUGCUCGUCGCUUCUUCUACUGGCGUGUGCGCCGCCGCAUCAGCGAAGAGGCCAUCCUCAAGCGUAUGCUCCGUGCGGCUCCUUCUCCCAUCGAAGGUGAACCCAGCGGAGCCAUCGCGAAGGAUAGCACCCCGGCUUCCUCCAACGACUCUCCCCGUGACACUCACCUCCGCACCCUGCAAUCAUGGACUCCCUUCUCUGAGGAAGAAAGCGAGAACAACGACCAGGGUGUCGCCACAUGGUACGAAGACAACAAGGAGAUCAUCCACGAGAAGAUCGAGUCUCUCAAGUCCCAAUCCCUGGCUUCUCAUAUCUCCGACCUGCUCUUCAACAACCGCAAUAGCAGUCUCCGGGGUAUCCAGCAGGCCCUGAGCAUGCUCCCCGUCGAGGAGAAGGAGUCCGUGCUCAAGUACCUCGGAUCCAACUAGAUUUGAAACCGCUUGAGAAUUUUGGAAGAAAGGCUGCUUUCAUCACUGUUUUUCUUUCUUUUUUCUUU